CGCGUUCACGUGGCGCUCCGGGGGCGCGCGCCCGCCGCCGCCCCCGCGGCCGUUCCGCCGCCGCCGCGCGCGGCCGGACGUGCCCGCCCGAGCGCCGGAAGCGGCGGCGGCGCGCGGGGCGCCGUGGGAGCGUGAGCCCGGCAAGAUGGCGGAGUCUGCUAACGCCACCCACGAAGUCAUCAAUGCCACCCUCCACGCUCUGCUGGCUGCUACUACCAAGCUGGUGGCACCUACACCUCCCAAGCCCAUCCUUCCAGUUCAGACUGGAGUCCAGGCACAGCAAGAGGAACAGUCCAGUGGCAUGACGAUUUUUUUUAGUCUUCUUGUUAUAGCUAUUUGCAUCAUAUUGGUGCAUUUACUGAUAGAAUACCGGCUUCAUUUUUUACCAGAGAGCGUGGCUGUUGUUUCCUUAGGUAUCCUUAUGGGAGCUUUUAUAAAAAUCAUAGAGGCUCAAAAGCUGGCCAACUGGAAGGAAGAAGAAAUGUUUCGUCCAAAUAUGUUUUUUCUGCUUUUACUUCCACCUAUUAUAUUUGAAUCUGGAUAUUCACUGCACAAGGGUAAUUUUUUUCAGAACAUUGGUUCCAUCAUUCUGUUCUCAGUAUUUGGCACUGCAAUAUCAGCUUUCAUUGUAGGUGGAGGAAUCUAUUUCCUGGGCCGGGCUGAUGUAAUUUAUAAGCUCAACAUGACAGACAGUUUUGCCUUCGGCUCUUUGAUAUCUGCAGUUGACCCCGUGGCUACUAUUGCCAUUUUCAAUGCCCUUAAUGUGGAUCCUGUGCUUAACAUGCUGGUUUUUGGAGAAAGUAUUCUCAACGAUGCAGUCUCGAUUGUCCUGACCAACACAGCAGAAGGUUUGACAAGGGAAAAUAUGUCAGAUGUAAGUGGAUGGCAAACCUUUCUACAGGCACUGGGAUACUUUCUCAAGAUGUUCUUUGGCUCUGCAGCACUUGGCACACUUACUGGUCUUAUUUCUGCAUUAGUACUAAAGCACAUUGAUUUAAGGAAGACACCUUCCCUGGAAUUUGGGAUGAUGAUUAUCUUUGCUUACCUUCCUUACGGACUCGCAGAAGGGAUCUCACUCUCAGGUAUCAUGGCAAUCCUGUUCUCUGGCAUCGUGAUGUCCCACUACACUCACCACAACCUGUCCCCAGUGACGCAGAUCCUGAUGCAGCAGACACUCAGAACUGUUGCUUUCAUGUGUGAAACGUGUGUUUUUGCAUUUCUUGGCCUGUCAAUUUUUAGUUUUCCUCACAAGUUUGAAAUGUCCUUUGUCAUCUGGUGCAUAGUGCUGGUUCUCUUUGGUAGAGCAGUGAAUAUUUUUCCACUUUCCUACCUACUCAACUUUUUCCGUGAUCAUAAAAUCACUCCCAAAAUGAUGUUCAUCAUGUGGUUCAGUGGAUUACGUGGGGCCAUUCCCUAUGCCCUGAGCCUCCACCUGGGCCUGGAGCCCAUCGAGAAGCGGCAGCUCAUCGGCACCACCACCAUCAUCAUCGUGCUCUUCACCAUCCUGCUGCUGGGAGGGGGAACCAUGCCCCUCAUCAGGCUCGUGGACAUCGAGGACUCCAAGCCACGCAAGAGGAGCAAGAAGGACGUCAAUCUUAGCAAGACAGAGAAGAUGGGAAACACUAUAGAAUCCGAGCAUCUGUCAGAGCUCACAGAGGAGGAGUAUGAAGCCCAGUACAUAAAACGCCAGAACCUCAAAGGGUUUAUGCGGCUUGAUGUGGAGUAUUUGAAUCCUUUCUUCACCAGAAGACUCACACAAGAAGACCUGCACGACGGGCGCAUCCAGAUGAAGACCCUGACCAACAAGUGGUACGAGGAGGUGCGCCAGGGCCCCUCGGGCUCCGAGGACGACGAGCAGGAGCUGCUGCAGCAGAGCGGGGCCGGGGCGCGCUGAGCUGCACGGGCCGGGCUGCGCGGGAGCCGCCGAGCCCCCGCGCUGCAGACUGUCCCGUGCCCCUUGCUCCGGUGAAACCCGCAGCUCUGCUGUCACUGGUCAGGAAGGGAAACACACCAGGGUCGGACGCUGGCUGGGCCGAAGGAAGAAGCCUUUGCUCAGACUCCACUGCGUAGCAGAUUCCACGCAGCCCCAUGAGGAGCAGAGCCAUCUGCCGUGGAAUGAUGACAUUGUUAAUGGGGACGGGCUUCUCCCCGUCCCAAAGCCUGCUGCCACCACACGCUGCAGUACAGGGCCCGUGUGUGGCUCUGCAAGACAGAAUGAAUUGCACUUUACCUUUUAUAUAUAUAUAUAUAAAUAUAUAAAAAUAUAUUCAUUCACAGCAUGAAGAGUCUUGACAGUUUAUACUGUGAAUUUGUUUCAGCGCUAGCAAGGGAAUCUGACUGGAAAAAACAUAUAAUUUAUGGGAUUUGCACAUUUUGAACCCAGAAAAGAUGCAUACCUUGACAAGAGCAGAUGUUGCACAUACAGGGAAUCACCUCUGAAAAUGUAGUUUUGUCACUUAAGAAAUCCUUGAUUUCUGUUUUAUGGGGUUUUUCAGUUUUAAUAGUAAGGGAUCUGAUCAACAGUACUGAUUAUAGCAUGGUUUUGGGGAAAUGGGGGUCUGUGACAGCACAGAACUGCUGUUUGAAAUUGUAGUUCCUUUUCUUUGGCUAAAGCCAGUUGCAGUUGGGUUUCUAUAACUGGUAAUUGUUCCUUGCUGGCACUUUGGCUUCAAAUCUUAGAAAGAAGCAGCUUCUGUUUUGCCUAAUUUAUGAAGUGUCCCUAACACUCCAGAACUCACCAGUGGAAUUUUUAAGUUUCAGUGGAAGCAAAAGCAGGAUGUGCAUGAGGAGAAAGAGGCUACAAAACCAAAUCCAGGUACAGAAAGAUUGAUAUUGCGCGUGGCUGAAGCAGCCUGUGCUGGGAAGUGCCAAACAGCUUCCAUUAAGCUGUCCCAUUUUUCUCUUCUGCUUACCCUGUUUCAGAACCUGUGUUAUCACUGCAUUUGUUCUCCAUGGCCCAGUGUUUGCUCAGCGUUGCCAGCACCUGAACGUGUUUGUUGCCCAUUUGCCAUGGUGACACAUGCAGCAGUUUGCUGCCACUGCCAAAUUCCUCCUUGGUCAUUUGCAUAUCCACUGCCAGGAUGUGAAUUACAGUUCAGCACCCAAAUCUGACAUGCAAAUGUGCAUGUUUGUUUCUGAAGAUGUGAGACUUUGUUUUGGUCUGGUUUUGCUACUGAGUUUUUUAAUCCACUGCUUACCUACCGAGAGAAUAAAAGUUCAAGAAUGUAUUCAGAACCCUGAACCUGUUGUCUGAGCAGUU